AUGUCGUAUAUUCCAACAGUAAGUGUGACAAGUGCCGCCGCUGCGGCAAAUAUGAGUUCCGCGGCAAAUAUGGCGGCUGCGGCAUACUUUAAAAAUGGUCCUUAUGCAGCUGCACCGCACAUGUCUGGUGCUGCACUUGGAUUUACCACAGCUCCAGCGCAUAAUUUUUUGCCUGGUGGUAUGGGUUAUAUUGGGAAUUCUCUGGCGGAUUGUCAAACUGCUGGUAUUACUGCUUGGAAUGCAACUCAAGCGGCUAGAAAACAGCGCCGUGAACGUACAACUUUUACUCGAAUACAGUUAGAAGUUUUGGAAAAUUAUUUUUCUAAAACACGUUAUCCGGAUAUAUUCAUUCGUGAAGAAAUUUCUUUAAAAAUUCAACUUCCUGAAUCACGUGUUCAAGUAUGGUUUAAAAAUCGACGUGCUAAGGCACGUCAACAAAAGAAAGCAACAAAACAUGAAGUGACAUCAAACGUGGUUUCAGCGUGUAAUACAGACGGAAGUUCAUGCAGUAAAGCAACUUCUGCGGAUAUUCGAAAUGCUAGCAGUUGUAAUGUUGAAGUAAAAACCGAAGAGUCUAAUGAACAGGGUGUAUCUGAACAAAGGAAUUCACCACUUGAUAUCGAUUCGUCAAAACUUACUGUGAUACCUACACCUUACUUUGGCACCAUACCACCAUCAACAGCUUACGCAUCUCAAGCUACUUUCCCCCAGGGAUAUGGUAGGAGAUCAGAUUUCUUCCUGAAUAGUAACAGCUACGGUGGCUAUCAAGCUACAGUACCAACACCAAUGGAAUAUUUUCAGUAUCCUACCGGUGCAGCAACGUAUGCAGCAGCUGCCGAUCCAUGGAAAUUCAUGAAUCAGUGA